AACGCCAAAAGAGGUAGGAAGGUACGAAACAAAAACAAAAACUGCAUCAGAUUUAGACGGGUGGUAUAUAAAGACCCAUCAAUGGGGAUCUCCGACCGCAGUCUAGAUCUUACUUUCUUCCCUGAAGCACAAUUCGGUUCUGAAACCCUGCCCGUGUCAACUGGAGUGGGCGGUGACAUUUCGUGUGGAAAGUGCAAAGUGCGUGAUCUCUAUAACAAGAAAAUGAAGUUACUGAUUUUAUCAGCCCUUCUGGCAUCGGCUUGCGCGUUCCCGCAGCGCAAUAACGACUACGACCAUCAUCAACAACAGCAACAACAUCAGCAACAACAUCAACCACAGCACCAGCCACAGCACCAGCAGAACUUCGAAAAGCGAAAUCAAGAAACGACCACAUGGAUUCCGAUUCUGAAAUACAACAAAGAACAAGGCGAAGAUGGCAGCUACAAAACCGAAUAUCAAACCGGUAACAACAUCGUCCACGAGGAGUCCGGCUACCUGAAGGACUUCUCCGACGCCCACCCGAACGGAGUGCUUGUCCAGCAGGGUGCCUACUCGUAUGAAGCUCCCGACGGCCAGAUCAUCCACGUGCAGUACACCGCCGACGAGAAGGGAUUCCGCGUGACCGGAGACCAUCUGCCCACUGAACCACCAAUCCCGGAGGGAAUCCGCAAGGGUCUGGAGGAAAUCUACGCCGGUAUCAAGCGUCGCGAGCAGGAAGCCAAGUCCAACCCGAAGUACGCGGAAACGGCUGCCCAGCGAGCGGAACUGGACUACAACGGACAGUACUACCAUCAGUGAGCGGGACGGAACGAUGCUUUAGCGGAAUUUGAGUGUGUAUUUAUACUAGUUUUAAGUGAAGCCUGGCAUGCUUCCUAGCUUAAUGACAUUUUUGUUGAAUCUGUACUUCUUGCUUUGGCUCGCGUACCAAACGACGACCGCGAGAAUGACUUAUGUAAAAAGAAGACUGUGAUUUCCUUUCUCUAGCGUUUCAGCGCAAACGCCGAGAAUGGCUUAUCCACAAGCGAUGGAAUAAAUUUUAAUUCAUUACUGAA